ACUGUGAGAAAACCGGUGGCAUCUAAGGGGUUAAACAGCGGCCAUCAGGAGCUCUGCUUGCUGUCAGGGGCUGGCCGGGAUGUCGCGCUCCGCCGGCCGGCCUGUGCUGCGGGUGCUCCGGCUCGGCCUGCUCUCCUUCCCCGAGGCCCUGGCGGUGCAGCGGCGCUGUGUGCGGGCGGCGGGGGCCCCGGGCCGGGACGCGCUGCUCCUGUGCGAGCACCCGGCCGUCUACACGGUGGGGAUCCGGCGGGGCCCCGGGGAGGAGGCGGAGGCGGCGCGGCUGCGGGCCCUCGGCGCGGACUUCCAGAGCACGGACCGCGGCGGCCUCAUCACCUUCCACGGCCCCGGGCAGCUGGUGUGUUACCCGGUGCUCGACCUCCGCCGCCUCCGCCGCUCCCUGCGCGGCUACGUGUCCGGCCUGGAGGGCGCCGUCAUCGGCCUGUGCCGGGGGCUGGGGCUGGAGGCGGGCCGGGCCCCGGAGACCGGAGUCUGGGUGCGGGACCGCAAGAUCUGCGCCAUCGGCGUGCACUGCUCCCGCUACAUCACCCACCACGGCCUCGCCCUCAACUGCAACACCGACCUCUCCUGGUUCCGCCAUAUUGUGCCCUGUGGGAUUGUGGGUAAGGGCGUGACCUCGCUGAGCGCGGAGCUGGGCCGGGACGUCACCGCGGAGGAGGUCAUCCCCCCGUUUUUGGAAGCUUUCCAGGAGGAAUUCGGAUGCACCGUGGAAUAUACGGACCCUGGUCACAUGACGGCGGCGACGUAGGAUUAUAACGCAUGGACUUCUGUCAUUAAAGGGGCGUCUCUGGUCUUCAGUUCUGCA